GACAACGCCACAGUCGUUCGCUAUCCGUCCGUGGAGUAGGAAGUCUGCUUUCAGUUGUCGCUUUCGCCUGUUCGUUUGUGUGUUUAGUCCACGGUUUCGUUGUUUAUUUUUUGCCUCGAUUGCAGGAAAAGCCGGAAAACAGAGCAAACGUCUUUGUGUUGUGCGUCAGCGUGUGUCUCGUUCCGAUCGUUCGAUUGCAGCCGCCGUUAUCGUCCGUUCACACAAGUGAUUUCAGAUAUUUCACGAGAAAAGUGUGAGAAAGUGUUUGGUUUCCCUCCCGAUUGCACUUUUGUUUAUUUUGGGAAGUUGUGGAAUUGUGCGAAUGCACUCUCGUAAACACAAAGGAUUUAUGAAUCAGUGCGUCGUCGUCCGAGUUGAAUUUGGUUUGUGAACUACUCCGAGGAGAACUGCCGAGUCGCCCCCUGCGCACAGUGGAUAAAUCGCAUUCGCAAGAAACAUCAGAUUAAUCAAAUAGUGUCUUAACUGCAACAAAGGAAGACUAAACUUCGUUUACAGCCGCUCCUAUUGCGCUAGAAAUACGUAAAGCGGCAAACGUAGCCGACGAAAAAGAACAUUUUCUUGUUUGAAAGGGUUUAAUAAAAGCCGUCAAAAUUCAUUUCAAAAUGCUUAUGCCCGGUGCGACCGAGACAGAUGCAGCCGCACUGGCAGCUAUUGCACAAGCCAACUCACAAGCGGCGGCUCUUGCUGGUGCACCUGCUGCCGCCCUCACUGCACAGAAUGCCACAUUAACUGCCGCCACAUUGACAACAUCCUCCGUACAACAAAAGGACACCACCUGGACGAAACUUUUCGUUGGCGGCCUCCCUUAUCACACAACAGACAAAAGCUUAAGGGAGCACUUUUCCGUGUUUGGGGAAAUCGAGGAAGCAGUUGUGAUAACAGAUAGGCAAACGAAUAAAAGUCGUGGAUAUGGAUUUGUGAUAAUGGGUGAUCGCGCCAGUGCCGAGCGAGCAUGCAAAGACCCCAAUCCAAUCAUAGAUGGCCGGAAAGCAAAUGUAAAUCUAGCAAUUCUAGGUGCUAAACCACGUGGCAAUAUUACACCAGGAUACCCCUUCACUGCUGGUCUGCGUGCUGGAGGAUUUCCGGUUAUUCCGAACCAGUUUGGAGUACCGCCAUCCUUCGUAUAUGGAUCGCCGUAUUUAGGAGCAGCUGCAGCAAGCGCUGCAGCGGCGAAUUCAUCGGCAGCAGCUGCUGCUGGGCUAGUGCCAAUACCAGCUACACAAUUAUCACAUGCGGCCGCAAUUGCUGCAGCUACGAGCCAAUUUUAUGAAUAUCAGAAUGCUGUAGCCGCCGCAGCCGCUGCUCCGUAUCCUGGUCAAUAUGCAGGAUUUGAAGCGUAUCCAUAUGGAGGUGCCGCAGCUGCAAAUGCCGCAGCAGCCAGCUACAUGACACCAUACACAUAUGCAACCUUGCCACAAGCCGGAACCGCCGCAGCUGCGGCGGGGGCAUUUCCUGCCCUUACGCCAUAUCAACAAGCAGCGGGUGCAUCCCUACAGGAGGCUAGAUUACAAUAAUAUUAAUCCAAAUCGAUAAAUCUUAUUUAUUCACAAAUAUAUUUUUCUAUUUUAUUAUAUUAUUAUUUAAAUAUGCAAAUAUUAAAAUCAAUCUUAAUGAAUAUUAUACACCUAACAUUAUGAUGAGAAUAUGGUGGUUAACAAUGAAUCAGAAAACAUAAAAUACUUUUUUAAAACGGUUUCAAACAACCAAAAGUCAACAUAUUUAGAACGUAUACACGCAAUUAAACCAAAUAUGUAACUAUGUAAACUCACACAAAGAGGAGUCUCAGAAUAUUUAUAUUUAGUCUCCACGAUUCAAAGUCGCAUAUUUGAAUGGGAUUGGGACGAAUAUUUAUCACCAAUUUAUGAUAUACAUACAUACUAAUAGGCUAAGAGCUAUCAAUAUGAAUUUUCAAAAGGAAAAAUAAGUAAACCAUAAGACAAUAUUGAACGAAAAAGGCACAUUAUGAAAAAACAACAAACUGAUAAAUUUUCAAUUAUUUUUAUAUAGACAGUUAAGAGCAAAGGGAAACAUAUACAAGUCCUACGUAAUGAUGAAAAUGUGAGGUUGAAAAAGAGCAAAUGCGAUGAAUUGCAGUUUCAGUCAACGCAAAUAGGGACACGGUUUCCUUCACGAUUAAAAAUGGAAUAUUUAAUAGCUUAGUGUUAAAUUUAGUGAUAUUUUUAAUAAAAUAUUUAAAUUUACAAUUUAUAAGAUGAGAAAGAAAUUACACAAACAUUUGAUGCAGUUUAUGCGUUAUUACCAACGUGACUACCAAAAAAUCGGAUCUAAGUUCUUACAUACUCUAUUUAUUUAUUGAUUACAAGAAAUAUAAAGAAAUGUUGACAGUAACAGAUAAGGCAAAAUAGAGUCAAUAAAUCAUUUACACGAAUCUCGUCUGUUCUAACUGCGCUCGUAUUGCAGAAUAUCGCGAAGACAGUUGCACCCGAAAUGACUUGGAAGAAAAUUUUAAAACAAAAGUUGUUAUAUCAUAUUUAAUAAUAAUAAAAAAAAAAUAUAAUUUAAGCAAGAAGAAAAAUAUUUUAAUAUCUAAGAUUACGCAAGUAUAGCAAUCAAGGAAGGAGAAACAUUUUUGCUAAAAAAAAUGAAAAUAUACUUUAUAUGGAGGCACAAGAAAUCUUAAGAAACUCAGAUAACAUUUUUUACUAUAUCGACUUAUGGUUAAAUACUGGUAACAUAAUGUACUAGAUUUGUUUUUCAGAUGAAAUGGCACAGUUUUUAGGAUCAAAUAGUCAUUGAAAUUUUUCUAUAAAGGUCAGAUUGGGUUGGAAAGGACAUUUGUAUUCAUUGAAGACUAAAUAACAUAGCGAAGAAUCACAAUUGCGAAAAUAUCAUACUUAAACGCAACUCCUUAAUCGAUACUUUAUUUCCGUUAUCAGUAGUGGAAGAAUUUAAAAUUUUGAACCUAAAACUUGAAUGAACAAAGGGGUGUUGGUCGAAUUGAAAAUAUCGUUGUGAACUGAUGAGUUUCACGGUUAUUUGAGCGAAUGCUGAGCAAUGGAAGCAGUUGGAUUAGUCUUUUGAAAAAUGUUAGUAUAUUUAUGUAAUUGUUUUAAGUCCAACUGGUACGACAAAGUUGACGUGAAUUCCGGAACUAUGUUUCUCAGCAUGACCAAUAGUUUUUAAAGAUACCCAAAAGAGAUAUUUGAAGAGAAAACCUUUUUUUUUUUUUUUUUUGCUGAAGUAGUUGUCUGUUUUGACUUUGUGGAUGGCCUUCCUAUUGCUCAUCUUCCAUACCCUGAAAGGGAAUUUGACGUAAUGCAGUGAUCGCUGCUGAAUUUGGUGAAAUCUGUUUUGUUACCGCUCCACUCAAACUUUCAUCUUUAUGUUUCCUCAAUAAUCGCGCAUUCAAUGUCUCUUUGUUUGUAACACCGAAUAGCAUUUUUCGGAUUGCUUCCGCUUUCUUUUCUUUGUACAAUUAAAAUAUAUGGGGAAUUGGUUUGAUAUGUAGGGUAUGCGCGGUUUCAUUACAGCGACUGCAAAUUUUACUUCUGAACAAGUUUUUCAAGGGUCUUGAAAAAUUGAUGAUCUCUUUCUAGAUAUUUCUCUUUAUUUGUCAAUUUAAGAUUAUAUUUCAGGACAAAAUGCUGGCGAAUUUCCAUGAAGUUUCUUUCAUAACAUUGCUACUGGCGCAUUAGUCCUUUGCCACAAGUUAAUAUUUUUAUGUAAUAUUAGGUUAUUGCAAAGAAAUAUCUGAUUAAGCAGUAAAAUUUCGAACAACUAUAACUGUUAUGAAAAUAAAUUUUAUUAGUCACAGAAAGCACCAGGAGACCACUUCCCCCCAACAUGAUACAGGAGCACUUCUACCAGUUUCUAAGAUAUCUCUCAAAGCCAGUUUUGAUGGCUGUUUAAUUGUUAAAUUGGUUUUUAACACGAAACUGUUCCAAAUGUCUAAUAAAGUGUUAUCCAGUUAGGACGAGCGAAUAGGGUGAAUGAGGCAAUCUCUUAUUGCAAUUAGUUUAAUUUUUUGGCCAUUAUUCUGGUUAUAUGAGGUAGUGCGCUGUCAUGGAUCAUUAUCAUUCCCUCCCUGUGGAGCAAUCUAAACCAUUGAAUCCACAUCAUCGGGUUAGACGGGGUUAUUCUGUGCAUUAAUAAUUUCACCACGUUGCAAAAAAGUGUAGUGGACAAAUCUAGGUGCAGACCACCAAAUAGACACCAUUACCUUCUUCAGGUGAAGGGUUGAUUUUUGGCAUGUGUUUUGGAGGCUCGUCAGCGUUUAGCCAUUGCGCUGAUUUGUGACGUUACCCACUUUACAACUUUUUUUUUAACUUUUCAAACAUUGCUUCGAAACUGUCGAAUAAUUUUUUUUGCAUGGUUUCCUAUAGAUGCAUGUGUGGGGGAGGUGGGUGGGUGGCCGCAGCUUCUCUGCCGAUGGCUCCGAUUGUCCAUUUGGCUCACUUUGAAGUGUCAUGUCGUCUGAUCGCAACUGUUCGAGCCACCACUGUUUAUUUAUCGUAUCUGCUCCAAAUGCCCUACAAAUCUUUCUGGUUGCCUUUGCUGUGUUGUGAUAGAGUUUAAAUUCAUAAGGAAAAAGUAGACGUUUUUGAUUCGCUUCUAUACUUAUUUCUUUUUUUUUCUACAAUCACAAAGAUGUUUAAAACUGAAGUGACUUUUUGGAUAUUUGUGCUCGUAUUAUAGGAUACCAGCAGUUUGAUGCAUGAAAAUCGAAAUAAAUUUCACAUCAUUGUGAAAUCCGAUAUUUCAUCUACAACUACCAUACAAUUUGAAUGUUAACUGCUUCAUUGUGAUGUGAUUUUUAAUUACCCUACAUGAAAAACCUUUCCUUAUUUUGGUUGUAAAUUUUAAAAUGGCGCUGCCGCACCAGGUUGCAUUCUCACUCACUAAAAUUACUACCACCAUCCCUCUUCUUUCUGCGCUCAUAUCCCCGCGGGACAACUGUGAAGUAUUAUUUCCUGGGGAGGGCUGUGGUCUAUACCAGCAUGAUAAAAUCACGUCCGUUGCGCUUUCCGGGAUUUAUCCAAUUUCUAGAGCUUUUAUGUCUUCGUGUUAUUGUUACGUUUGCCGCGUUCCAAUUUGCUUCCGAUCUCAAUAUCUCUCUCCACAGGAUCUACUUUCAAGAUAUCACCUAACCUCCCGCUUUCAUGCAUGAAUCUCGACGAACGGAACAUACUAUAUUCCCGAUUAUCGUAUCUUCGGGACGAUCGGGAGACUCGUCCAAUCCGAAACGAUAAAAAUGCUUCUUAAAACGACUGUGCCUCAUAAAGAAUGGCGAGCAGCCAUUUCCGGAAUUAUCCCAUUAUUCCUGAAUCUUCUGCAUAGUUUUGUCCUAGUGGCCUAGCGGCAGGAAGUUGGGCCGAGGUAUCUGAAUUUAUCCACUGAUUCUAUUAUAUUUCCUGAUCAUUUUGUUAGGUAGGCACCUGUAGGUUCUGAGACAACGUGAUAACGACGUACUGAGCCAGUCGCUCCCACACGAACAUGAUAGUGUGGCACCGUGCAGUGUCGAGGUGGAGCUUUCUCAAGUUUCAAGUAAAACUGCAUCCGUUUUCUGUUUCCCACAAACUUGGUGCACAUUUUCCUUCUGUCAAAUUUUUCCUUGAUGAUGGUUUAAAAAUUCUUUCAUUUCCGUCAUAUUUUCGACAAACUGAUGUUAACGAGCAGCCGGCGAGUAUAACAUCCCCGACGAGCUCUUCCCCCCUCCCGAAAUAGUUUGCGCCACUUAAAAACAUUCUAGCGCUUCAUGCCAGCAUUUCCGUUAGUGCUUAAUCGUAUUGAAGGUUUCCUGGGUUGUUUUUCCAAAUUCGAAACUUCACGUUGAUCGAGAUUCCUUUCUUCUGCAUAGUGACUGGUGACGACACAUCUGAACAGUUGUUCACAGUGAAAAGCGUACUCUCUCUGCAAAGACGCGCAGGUUACUGCGAAGUGCGCAUUAUGUUAGUAAAGACUGCCCCCUUCAAGGUCAGCCGGUUGAAUUCCUCUUCGUCCAUUGUUUUGCCCAUAAAAGAUCAGUCCUACUACAUAUUGAUCUCAACAUGUGGUCUAGUGAACUUCAUGCGUUCAGGUCACAGCUUCAUGUAUGACUGUCCUUUCUCACAAAAUGCGCUUUUGUCCUAAAAUUGUGAUAUUUGGGUUUUUGUUUUGUUGCUUUCAUUCAAUUCUUCCAAAUUGAGAACUAAAGCUGAUAGUGCGGCUCAUCGUGUGUUCUGGCUGUCUACGCUGAUCUUUAUCUGUUAAUAUAUUAGCUUCAUUUUGGAUUCAUAAAACCAGGUUCACCUGAUGGGCGGAACAUAGUGACGAAAUGAGAAAUCUAACUUCAGGUACAUGAGGCGGUUGAAAAUAACAAAAAGGACGUGUCACAGUUGUCCGUUUAUAAUUCAUAUUAGUAAAUAUGAGGCUUAUUUAAAACGUGUGUUGAUUUUGGGUAUCGGCACCUUCACGGCUCCUCGCAAUUUAGGGUAUUGAUCAUAAGGCGGCACGAAAUCUUCAUCAGGGGGCCAAUUGUAAAUAUUCGGACUAAAUAACGAUCAUCGGAAAGCUUUGCCUCUAAGGCAACUAGAUCGGAACUUUUGUCAGAUAAAAACUAAAUCCACAGUCAGGACAAUUCUCCAUUCUCUCUCUUCCCUAUGAUUUUAUGAAUAUAAUAGAAACUAUAUGGAAGAAUUCAGAAACUUUGCUAUGUCACUAGACAUUUACGACAUUUUUCUUAUUAGGAAUUAAUUUUCUUUAGACAUAUUUGAUCCUUUUUUCUUCCAUGUCCACUAUUGCACUAGCAAGAAUGAGAAAAAAUGUCUUUUUUAUAUCAGUUUAAUCACUUUGAAUAUUCAGAGUAGUGUUACAUCAUUUUAAUUUGCCCCCUCUAUUCGUUGCAACUAUCGCCACGAAAAACACUUGCUGAGAGACUGAAGUUUUCAAUAAGUUCCACGUACUUAUGAGUGGGCCUCGUGAUCAAAUGCACAAUAUCAUAAAACUUUCAAUACAGGGAAUUAAUCUUCUUUCGUGGAUUUUAGGAGAAAAUAUCCCACAAGUAAUAACAACAACUCGUUUAUUUCGAGCAGCAAGCAAAAACUCCAUUAUGAGGAAGCUUCAAUUUAGAUAUUUGUUUGGUUGCUCAUCGAAAUACUUUUGGAAACAUCAGCGCCAGGUGAUUUACAAUUAUCCCCCUUUAUUUUCUAACCACUACCGUCUCGGAGGAAAAUACACAUUGUCAACGGGCGCUUAAUGCAACUAACAGUCAGUUUUCUUCUUUUUGUCACAUUGCAAACACUUAAAAAUAUCUUUUCCCUCGUACACGGAUCAGCACAAACGAUAUAUUCAAUUUGUCGGCAUCCCCAAUGGCCUUCCCUUCAAUAUCAUUUUUCUUGGAGACCAAUUUUGAACCAUGUUUUACACAAUCAUUACAACUAAAAUAAAGAGAUAGAUGUUUAUAUAUAUAGAAUCAGAAAGGAAAAUGUGGAAAACCAAUGUAACACUUAAGAAAAGAAAGAAAAAUGGUAAAAUAUUUUAAAAUCUAGUCAAAUAUAAGACAACCCUAUUUUCUUACUUAUUUAUUAGAUAGAGAUAUUAAAAUAAUAAUAAAACUAUUAGGGAUAUUUAUAUACAAAUAUAAAUAACUGUAAGCAAUUUAUUAUUAAUCAACAAAACUAAUUUAAAGAACAACAUUUGUUAACACGACUUUUUUGUUUUAUUUAUUUCUACAAUGGAGAGAAGGAAAUUGAUGCAAUAUUAAUGGUUAAUGGUAGUCGUGUUUGGGUUUUGUGUUUAAACAUUUCAUAAACAAUAUUUCCUCCUGCAUCACUAAUUGAACGGCAAUUUGAACAUUCGAAUAUUGCCUGACCUAAAAUUGGUCAGAAUAGUGUGUGGUCAAUAUACUCCCACAAUAGGAACAAAUUCGUGAACGCGAUACUUUUCAGUUAUGGCUUCUCAUCAAGCUGUAACGCACACUCAAAAGGCAGAAAAGAUAAAAAACACCACUACCACAAAACGGAAUCGAAGUGAACAUCAAUGAAUAAUUUACUAUAUUGCAAAAUCUCUACUAAAGUAAAUGUAAAAAUACAUUUCUGUUAGAAAAAUUUUAGUUACUUGUUAAAUUUAAGUUAUUGCUCGCUGCGAAUCUUAUUAUUAUUUAUUUUUCCUUCUUCACAUCGCGAUUGCGAUCCUCAGUUUAUUUUACCCAACAUUAAAUUAGCAGUUGUUCUAAAUCAUUAGGAACGUGCGUUAAAGCAACACAAAAAAGAUUAAAAAGUUACGAAAGCAAAAAGGAAAGGUGUACGGUACUUAAUUUUGUACUUUUAUUUGAUUUACUCGAUCUCUUGGAAGCAAAGAAACAAACAACAAAAAAGCAAUUUAUGAAAAGCAAACGGCAAAAAAUAUGGAAAAAGCGAAAAACAUGCAGAAAAGAGACAAAAUCACAUAUUCUCGAGGUCUAAUGCAAAUUUCUAAAAAUAUUUAAAAGAGGGAGGGGUAUAUCGGAGUAAAACAUAUUUUUAAAUAGUAAAUAGGAUAUUACUACGUAUUUACGUAAUAGUUUUAGUUGUUAAGCAAUUGCUAUUUAAGUUAAAUUUAAUAAAUGAGAACCGAACAAAAAAAACA